AUUAUCCUGCCCACGCAAGGAUGAGUUUGUGUGAUGUUUGGGGCAACGGGAGACCAUAAGGGUUGGCAGAAGUUCUGUGUCCUCUCUGUGGAUCUAGGAGUGGUGGUGGCAGCCGGGGAGACUUUGAUUCUUUAAGCUUUGCUUAUACUGCGCGAGGGGAAACUGCCUUCCUACAAAGCGGUGACUCAUUUGAAAGUGUUUCCGUUGGAAUGUUUCCAAAGAUUAUUUCCGCAAAGAGAAGGUAGACCCAGAGACAGGAAUAACCCUCUGGCCCGGCAGGGAACCGAGUGCAGCAGGAUACGAUCACCCUCCGAAACCGCCAGCAGACUCGCCGACGACAGCCCUGGGCCCUCCGGAAGGGGCGGGUCCCCCGUGCGCGCGCACGAGUCCUCCUCCCGCGGACACGCAGCGCGCCUCAGGCCCCGCAGCCGAGCGCCGAGCGGCCGAUCCGUCGCUCCCGCAGCCCGCGCUCGCCUCGCUCGUGGCUCCACCCGCCAUUGUAACCCAUAACCCGCUAUGGAGCAUGCAUUUACCCCGCUGGAGCCCCUGCUACCCACGGGAAAUUUGAAAUAUUGCCUUGUGAUUCUUAAUCAGCCUUUGGACACAUCCUUUCGUCAUCUUUGGAAAAAAGCUCUCUUCAGAGCCUGUGCUGAUGGAGGUGCCAACCGCUUAUAUGACCUCACCGAAGGAGAGAGAGAAAGCUUUUUGCCUGAAUUCAUCAAUGGGGACUUUGAUUCUAUUAGGCCUGAAGUCAGAGAGUUCUACACUGAGAAGGGCUGUGAUCUUAUUUCAACUCCUGACCAAGAUCAUACUGAUUUUACCAAGUGUCUUCAAGUGCUCCAAAGGAAGAUAGAAGAAAAAGAGUUGCAGGGAAAGCACAGGCUCCACGUAGACACUGGAUUGGAAGGCAGCUGGUGUGGCCUUAUUCCUGUUGGACAGCACUGCAACCAGGUGACAACAACAGGCCUGAAAUGGAACCUCACAAAUGAUGUGCUUGCCUUUGGAACGCUGGUCAGUACUUCUAACACCUACGAUGGAUCUGGGGUCGUGACUGUGGAAACUGACCACCCUCUUCUCUGGACCAUGGCCAUAAAAAUCUAACCUAUAGGGUGGCACCCAUCAUGUGCCUCUGCCUUCCCUUAUCCGCCCAGUGGUUCAUUGUUCACCGUGAACAAUCACCUCAGUGUGCAGAGAUCCAAAUGUCUCCAUAGGAAGCUCUGGGCUGUCAAGAGGUUGGGGUUAGGGUACAGCUGAGCAAAGGAGCACUUGCUGCACAAGGGCAAGGCCUUGGGGAUCAACCCUCAGUACCACAAAAUAGAGAUGUUGGUGUUUAAACUUUCUAUAAAUGGUAUCUCAAUUUUAGAUUGAGGGAAAAUUAUGUUCUAUCAAAGUAAAUAAGCUUUAUUAUACUCUAUUGGAAAGCUAAUGUAAAUCAUUAAAUUAUAUAAUUCAGUUCUGAUCAUUUUAAUUUAAUUAAUCAGUCCAUCUACCUUAAAAAUAUCUUUUUAGUUUCGAAGCACCAAAAACUGUUGUCAGUGUUGCCUUGGAGUCUAGCACUUCCUUAAAUGCCUGACAACAAGGGCUACCUACCUCUGAGUAUCUCCUACCACUGGAUUUCUCUCUGUAAUGCAUAUUAUCUUCCAGUGCUAUGACAGGAUGGCACCGGUUCACUUUGACAUGAUAUUUUAAAGGAUAAGAAUCGCUGACUUAAUAGUUAGAUUUGAAAGCAAGCAGUUCCAUGGGCUGUGGAUAAAUAAAUGAGAAGUGGUAAUUCAUGAGGCCCUCAUACAUUAACACCCCAAAACUUAAAAGUAAGCACUCUGACCUUUGGAAAUGCAGAGGCCUUUAUGAAAAUCAUGACACACACCCAUAAGGUUUGUGUGGAAAGAUCUUUUAUCUUAAAAACUCAGUCACUUUUAAUAUACCUCACUAAAAGAUGAAGUAUUAAUUCAUGGACCAUACAUUUCCUGAUAUCACCAGAAAAUUAGUGUGCUGGAUGUAAAGAUAAAUGAACACAGCCUGCUGAGGAAGGCCUGUUUCUUCAUCCUAGUCCACCAUGUGCCUGCUUCCUGACCCCCUUCUAGCUGUAAAGUAGCAGGGGCUGUAAUCAUUGAGUGUGGGGAAGAACCCCAGCUAUGAACUCUAAAUGCUAACACAUUACAGUCAUAGAGUAGACAAUACUAAGCAUAAGCUUGCUGGUGCAUAAAAAUGUCUUCAUGUCUCUUUCAUGAUGUCUCCUACUCAUCUUCCUACCCUCUCCUAUACCACUGGUUAAACUACACCUUGCCAAACAACCUAUGACUUAAGGAUCACCUGCCCACCAUGUUGUACUUACCCAUGAC